AUGCCCAAAUCAAGACACGACGUCCGUGUUGGCGUGCCACACCUGCUCUCGGCCGAGGGCUUCGACCUGGCUUGGUCGCAGCACAUGACGCUGAUGUUAGCCCGGCUGAACCAGCUGGUAGCAGGCACCGACUACGAAGACCGCGAUCUCAAGGGCAUCGUCCUGGACUCGGCCCGCUCGCCGUCCCAGGCGGCCGUCUUCAACCACGCCAGCAUGGCCCACAACACGGACUUUUUCUUCAAGCAGCUGCGGCCGUCGUCGGACGGGACGCCGGCUGAGAUCCCGGCACCCCUGCGCAGCGCCAUCGACGACAACUUUGGCAGCGCCGAGACCCUGCGCCGUGAGUUUGCUGCCACCGCCUCGGCCAUGUUCGGGCCCGGCUUCAUCUGGCUCGUCAAGGCCAGCCAUCUGCCGCAGUCUGGCCGCGGCGGCGACAAUCUGCGCCUGCUGACCACCUACCUGGCUGGCUCACCGUAUCCGGGCGCUCACUGGCGGCGACAGGCUGUCGACAUGAAUACCGUCGGUGCUGAUGGCGUCGACAGCAGCAGCAGCAGUGGCAAUGUCGCCCGCCAAUGGCUCGACAAACAGGCUGCGGCCGUCUCUGCCGGCGGUGUCUCCUCGGCCACUGCUUUUACCGCCUCCUCAUCCUCCACCCAUCUCCCCGCCGCCUCGUCCACCGACCGUCGCCCGCCCGGCGGCAUCGACGCUAUUCCCCUGCUCUGCCUCAGCACCUGGGAACACGUCUGGCUGCGCGACUACGGCCUCGGCGCCGACGGCUACGGUGGCAAGGCUGCCUUUGUCGACGCCUGGUGGAAUGCAAUCGACUGGGACGCCGUGGCCGAGAUGGCCAACCUCAACCGGCCCAUGCUCAAGACCUGA